UCUCUCUCUCUCUCGUCUCCCCAUACUUGAAAGAAAAUAAGUGGCAUUGCAUGCAUGCCAAGUACUCCUGAGAGAACUGAGCAGUUAUUUUUUUAAUUAGGCUGAGGAAAUAAUUGAUGAAAGAUGUGGAGGCUGAAGAUAGGGGAAGAAACGGUGGGCAACGACGGCGAGUGGCUAAGGAGUGUGAACAAUCAUGUGGGACGCCAAGUCUGGGAGUUUUGUCCCCAACUGGGAACCCCUGAGAAGCUUUCUCAAGUUGAAAUGGCUCGCAAAACCUUCUUCGAUCAUCGCUUUCACAAGAAACAUAGCUUCGAUCUCUUUUUGAGGAUUCAGGAGAAGAAUGGCGGCGCAAGUAUAUCGAAAGUUACAGUGAAAGAACGUGAAGAUGAGCGAGAGGAGGAGGAGGAGGCAAUAAUAGAGAGAAGCUUGCGACGAGCCAUGGACUUCUAUUCCACAAUGCAAACAGAUGAUGGACAUUGGAGCGGAGAUUAUGGGGGUCAUUUGUUUCUACUUCCUGGUUUAGUCAUUACUUUAUACAUUACUGGAGCCUUGAAUGCUGUCCUCUCAAAUCAGCACCAACAUGAGAUUUGCAGAUAUAUUUACUAUCAUCAGAAUAGAGAUGGCGGAUGGGGACUUCAUAUCGAGGGUCAAAGCACAAUGUUUGGCACAACCAUGAACUAUGUCACUUUAAGAUUACUCGGCAAAGAGGCUGAAGGGGAAGCAGCCGAAAGAGGUCGUGAGUGGAUCCUCCGCCAUGGAACUGCAACUACAAUCUCCCCUUGGGGGAAAAUGUGGCUUUCGGUACUUGGAGCAAAUGAAUGGUGUGAAUAAUCCAAUGCCACCAGAAUUAUUGCUUUGUCGACUUCCUUCCUUUGUCAACCAGGGAGUUUUGGGUAGCAACUAUGGUGUUCGUGACAAGCUUUUCCAAGCUCCAACUGUUUAUCACACAAAUUUAACGAAUCAAGAACAUGAGUUGAAUAGUUUAAGUCACAUCUUUAAAAAUAUUUCAUUUUAUAAUCUAUUCAUUAGGAUUUAACAAACUCUUUAGUUAUAAAACAAGAAUAUAAAUCAACAAUAGGUUGCAAUAGAAAAUACUCAACAAAAUCAAAAGGAGAGGAGUGAGAGAAGGGCGAUAAAUUUUUGAAGUGUGUUUAUAGCGAAA